CUCUUUGAGGAGGAGGGGGGUUUGUCGCCCUUGUUGCAGCCCUUCGCUCAAGGCUGUGGGUAUGGGGGGGAUUCCUGUGCUUGUCCCGCACACAGACACGCACUGAUCUCGUUCUUAGGCGGCUUUAAGCCUCAGCAAGACAAGCCUGUCUAUAAAGGGAAGAGCUGCAGAGGUAGAAAGCUAAAGGAAAUAAAUGUCAUCCAAUCGUAGAAUAGUUUGGGUUGGAAGGGACCUUAAAGAUCAUCUAAUUCCAACCCCCCUGCCAUGGGCAGGGACAUCCCACUAAAUAAGGCUGCCCAAGGCCCCAUCCAGCCUGACCUUGAACACCUCUUGUCGCCUAUAAACUGUAAAAAACAAGGCAUGAGGCAGUUCCUUGCAUCUUAACAAAGGCUCUUUUCUGCUCCUGUGCCCUGACAAAGGUGGAGUCAGUGAAAGGGGAACUCGAGCCUGAGUGAGAUGCAGUCAGUGCCAGCUUGAAGAUAGCAAGGACGUAAGUGCAGGAGAAUAAAGAAAGUUAAGACGUUUAUAAUGGUAAAACUGGACAGGGCACUUAAGUCUAUCCAUGCUCGCAUGCUUUUUAUUUGAACAAAGCUGGGCUGUGGAAAAACUUUCCUGAAGAUGGUAUCUGAAGAAAAAAAAUACCUUUCAAACUCCCUCCCCAGGUGCUUCAUAAAAUAACUCUUACAGAGGAAGCCUGUCAGGAAUAAAAAGAGUGUUUGUGUUCUCUAAUCUAAUCUUACAAUCUUGAUCCUAAGUGAAUUAUUGGGUCCUGUGGUGACCGUGGCAGAGCAAGAUGCUUUUUCUUCAGUGUUGUAUUCAUUGCAUCUUUAUUAAAAAGAAUAAUGUAAAACUGUCUAAAUAGAAGUGGAAACCAUGAUAAUUAUUUCCCUUGUUAGUUUAAUUGGAAACUUGGGGUCUGUACAUCUAGAAGAUACUUUCAGCUUGAUCUCCCAUUUAGAGUUUAUACUUAAAAAACCCCUGCAGAAUAGUACUGAUGGAAAGCAAACAGUGCAGUGAAGCCCAGUGUGAAGGUAUCCAACAUAAUAUUAAAGUAAACAUCAGUUGUUUUUAAUGCAGGAAGAGUAAAGCCAGUUGUAACCACACGCUGACCCUUUAAUUGAAUAGACAGGAUAUUAAGCUGUGAAUUAAACAACAGCCUAAUAUGUAAUAUUUAAUGAACAACUUGGAAAUAAAAUAUCAUUGUCUAUUCAAGAUGGUGAAUUCCAAAGAGAUCUUGCAAGGCUAAGGGGCUUUCCGAAAUAUUUUUAUUUGGGAAUUCUAUUAACCUAAACUUAAAAUUCUCUGUGGACUUGGCCCUUAAUGAAUUAUGAGGUCUGUGCUGUCUCAAAAAGUAUGAGGAAAAGCAUCUCUUUCAGUGUAUGCUGUAAAGAAGGGAGUAACUCAUUUGUCUGUUACAACUAAUUAGAAAAGCCUUUUUUUUUGGUUUGUACUUUCCUUUGGUAUGCUCAAUGAAUGUAGUUUUCUCUAAGCUUUUUAGCUGUCAGGCAGCAUAUGUAAAAACCACAAAUGGCAUAUCUGGAUUCUGCUUCUGUAUUCAUGUGUGUUUACUUUGAUGUGCUUGUUGUCUUGCUUAUCUCUCAAACUUAUAAUCAGCAAUAAUGUCCUGAAUCUGCAGAAUACACUUGUUCUUUCUUACCAUUCCGUUUGAGACAUCCUAUUAGGAAAUAUAUUUACAGUGGCAAAGAUUGCAGGUUUUUUCAGUGUGUCAUCUCCUGUUACGUUGCUGAAACUUCCUAAUUUAAAUUAAGUCUUCUGAUGCCUUCUACUGGCAACUCUGCUAUCCCUAUGUGUACAUGUGUUGUAGGAACAUUUAUGAUCUUGGUACAUCAAAGUACGUCAUUUCUCUUUGAAUACAGUUAUUUGUUGCUGAAAGAUCCUUUGCUGGGGCUAGUAUACAAAGGCUUAAUGUAUACAGAAUUUUAGUUUCUACCUUAAUGAUUUGAUCCUCUUGGGAAGCAAGAUUGGCGUAGAAAAUGCAAUGCCAACUGGCCACCAUGGCUGGGUUAGUACUUCCUGUCAGGAACAAGUUGUAAAUCUGAAAAUUUACAAAUUUGACUAUUUAUCAGAAUUGUCAUAGUGACAGUUAAGAGGUAGUUCUUGAACGAUGUAUAAAUUGUGUGAGAAUUCUGCAUUUUUUAAUGGUCAUUUAACUUCUUCCGUGUUCUUAACACCUAGACUGAAGCAGUAGACACGUCAAAGUGCUUAUAGGUGGGUGACUUAUGAGACCCUUUGGGCCAGUACACCGCUAACAACAUUAAUCAGUUGUUUCGAUGGACCAGGUGCAGCAUUAACUUGUUGGAGAGUUGUUGAGAUUGACCACUGGGAUAUGGCCACACUUUAAUGACUCUGGGUGGGAUUGACUUCAUCCCCCCGGAUAUGCAGUGAAAGCAAUUCUGUGUAUAAAUGUUCUAUGAAAUCACUGCUUUGCAGAAGCAUUCUGAGGACAAAUCUCCAGUCUUCUCCAGCACUGAAUAAUGUGUACCUGCCUUAAUGAUUAAAUUAAACUAUUAAGCGGCUUAUUUACUGUAGCAACUAAAGUGAGUCAGAAUGCCGCUCAAUGAUGACCAGAACAGCGAUUCAGAUUCUUCACGCCUCUCUGAAAGCACAGCUUCUUCUAGCGACUCUGAGUAUUCAAGACAGAGCUUUAACAGUGAUUCUUCAAGCAAACCCAGUUCCCCAGCAUCAGCAAGCCCUCCCAAGGCUGUUACGUUUGAUGAACUGAUGGCAGCUGCAAAAAAUCUGUCAGACUUGACUCUAGCUCAUGAAAUUGCUGUAAAUGCAAAUUUUUGCAUAAAAAAGGAAGACCUCCCACAGAACAGCCUUGCAGGCAGAGUGAAACAAAUUGUACACAAAGCCUUUUGGGAUGUUUUGGAAUCGGAACUGAAUGAAGAUCCUCCAGAAUAUGAACAUGCUAUCAAGCUCUUUGAAGAAAUAAAGGAGAUUCUUCUUUCCUUCCUGACACCUGGAGCAAACAGGAUGCAAAAUCAAAUUUGUGAAGUUCUAGAUACAGAUCUUAUAAGACAGCAGGCAGAACACAAUGCUGUUGAUAUUCAUGGGCUAGCUAAUUAUAUCAUCAACACUAUGGGAAAGUUAUGUGCUCCAAUAAGAGAUGACGACAUAAAACAGUUAAAAGCAACUGACAAUAUCGUAGAAUUACUGAGACAAAUAUUCCGUGUUUUGGACCUGAUGAAAAUGGAUAUGGCUAAUUAUACGAUUCAAAAACUUAGGCCAUACCUCCAGCAUAAUUUGGUGGACUAUGAAAGAGCAAAAUUCCAGGAAAUUCUUGAAGAAACACCAAGUGCCCUGGACCUCACAACAGAAUGGAUAAAGGAAUCUAUAGAAGAUGAAUUGUCAUCUAUUCCUGAUGAAUCUUCAUCAUCCCCUGGUGCUGAUAGUAGUUCUAAACCAACUAUUAGUCCUGUACUGGUGCUAAACAACAGCUACUUGAAACUGUUACAGUGGGAUUAUCGCAAAACAAUUCCAGAGACUCUAAUAACAGAUGAAGGUCGUCUUCAGGAGUUGAAAGAAAAGCUGAAUCAAUUAAAAAUUAUAGCUUGUGUUUGUCUCAUAACAAACAAUAUGGUGGGUCCAGCAAUUGUAGAUGUGCCGGACUUUGCUGAUGAACUGAAAAGGAUCUGUGUUCCUCUUCUCGAAGAUAUGAACAAGAAGACUUUUGAUUUGAAGGAGGCUCUGAAUGCAAUUGGUGUCCAGAUUUGCAACAAAGUGAACAGGUCUCUAACUGAAAGAGGUCUUCCCACUCUUAAUGCAGAAAUGCAGAGUAAUUUAAUGGGUCAAAUUGCUCAUAUUGUUGAGGAGAAUAAUCCUAUCAGUUCCUUGAUAGACAAACGAAUCCAGUUCUUCAUGAGAAGCUUGCUUGCUCUUCCGAGUUUUCAGAUGCGUAUGCCUGCUAUGCCAGGAGGCCUUUCUGUGGUUCAGACAGAGAUGGAGUUGGUUGGAUCUCAGUAUGCAAGCAUUGUAAACUUCAAUAAAAAAGUGUAUGGACCAUUCUAUGCAAGCAUAUUUAGAAAACUACUUUUUCCUGAGAUGGCAGUGGGAAAAGCAGAGACAGAAACAGUUGCCAACUAAAAGAAUGUGACUUAUUGCUGUAUGCUGCCUUUUUACCUUUCAAGACAGUGCUCUGACUUCCCCACUAGGAACAGCCCACUCUGUGACUAUUAUAAGAGAGAUCUUGUAAAAUGCAUACAGGAAGUUUCUGAAAUUCACUGGAAAAAAAUUAAUUUCAAUGACAUAUUUUAAUAUACUAAAUUUGUUUAAUGGAUUGUGUCACUUGUAAUAGCCAGUGAAAUACUAGUUUUCAAGGCAAGCAUUUGUUGUGGUUUGCAGUGGGAAAGAGCUGGGAAAGUACUUACUGUUUUGACACCAUUAAAACAAUGUUAUUUUUCAAAUUAAAUAUAUUUACAUAUAGCAAUGCAAUUAUAGAAUGAAAAAACAAUUGUAGAUAAAAUGCACUAUGCUUACAGUGUAUUUUCUUAGAGCAAUAUCUAAUGAAACUUAUGUUUCUGGGGAGACUUUGAAGUAAAAGAAGUAUGGUAAAACUGCUUCUGUAACCAAAACCAGGUUCGUAGUAGGCCAAGUCCUGGUACUCCUGCUGUUAUUGGUACCAGAACUUAGCCUCUGUUACAUUAAGGAAUGCCAGUAUUAUAAGCUGUUCAGAGUACAGCAGUUACAGAAGAAGUGUUCACCACUUAAAGUAGGAAUAAUUAAGAACUCAACUGUAAUUGAGAUUAGUGAUAAACGCCUAAGAAACAUGGGGGAGGGUAAAUUGCUGUAUAUAAUUUUUAUAAGCAUUUUGUUUAUCCAGUGGAGGUCAUACAGAUCUUAAAUCUAACAAGGAUAUGUACUGAUCUUUGAUCUUAAUGGGUAUUAAGUAUUUUUAAGUUGAAUGUUUCCAACCUUUAUUCCCCAAAGCACUUGAGAGUGAUCUUAAAGAGUACAGAGCAUCUUCCCCUUGUACAUUCUGUUAGAUGAAGGCAUAAACUCUUUGAAACUUAUACUUGGCUCUGAAAGCCAGAACCCAAAGGAUUAGUGAUUCUUGAAAAUGUGAUUAGAUUCACUGAGAUUGUGAGAAAUACUUAAGAUUUCUUCAAAUUCCUUUUGAAGAGGUCCCAAAACUUAAUUCCCAUACAAGGCAACAAGACUCUUACAUAAGAAAACAAAUAACUUGAAAUUGAGAAAUGUGGAAGUAAACUUCAGUAAGUUUACACAGGCUUUAUUUUGCUUAUUUCAGAUUACUAGGAAUAGUUACUGCUGGAAUACAUAUUAUAGACAUGUUCCUGUCUAUGAAAUUGAAUCAUAAUUUACUUGAAAAUUAUCUUUUAAUAUAUUGCCAUAUAGUGGUCCUUUUAAAACAUUAGAUAUAUAAAAACUCCAUGUGAUACAAGUUAUAUAACUUGUUCUUAGUAUUUUAUAUUACAAUCUAUUUUUUAUGAGAGACAAAAAAUCACCUGUAAAAGCUGAAUGUGUCACACCAAUUGUGGAUGUACAUUACGAUGUCUAGGAUAAAGGUCUAAAAAACUGGGCAUUAUUAGCACUGUGGUUUUGUAGUCCAUUUUUUCAGAAUUGUCUACUCUUCUUUUAGUAAGGGAAACUGCUUCUAGUCAGUUGUUCCUCCAUGUUCAGGGACUUUGGCCACAUGUACGUGAUAAGAAAAACUUUCUUAAAAAUGCCUUUUUAGAAAAGAAAUUUCUCUAGUGCACUUCUGCUCUGUCCCUUGUAAGAACAUUGCACAAAAUAAAGUGAAUACAUGUUUUAAAGGCAACUGUUUCCUGAUGCCUAAAAAACCUGAGAAAGGAACUCUUGGAAUAUAGUAAUUGUGCCACUAGGUAAAACAGGCUUGCUCAUAUGAAUACGAAUUUUUAUAUGUAACUCAAAAUCAUCUAGAGAAGAAUGCAUUUUGAAAGCAACCAUGGGUAACUAAACCUUAGUCAUUUGCUACAUCCUUAGAAAUACCUGAACUAUUUUGAGCUUCAGCCAAAAGAGGAUUUUGUGAACAUUUGAAGAGGAUUUAUAACACAUUUAUAUGAACAUUUUAUCAUAAUACUUUAUAUGCAUUCUAUUGUAAAAAUAGGUACCAAUUAAACUAUAGUUCUUUAAUGUACUGAGGAAGCCAUCAUACUAGUUUUUACCAGUAAAUACUCAAAAAAAAAAAAAGAGGAUUUGGGUUUUUUUGUGAUUAAGGUAACUUGCAAAGGGCAUUUUAUAGCAUGGCCUAUGUUUCAAGUGAUUGUUUAAUGUAUCUUAUUUUUUAUUUAAUACUUCAAACAUCGACAUUGCAUCUGUUUAAUGUCAUGUGUUGCAUGCUGUUGAAGCUACUGUGGCUGAAAUGCACCUGCCUCUACUCUGAAGCUGUCCUUGUGAAACAAGGUGUCAUUCUGUAGCAGCUUUCUUUGUUGAAAUACAAAUAGUUGAGGUUUUGUAUGCGUUAAAUUUUGUUUGUGAUACCAUUGGUGGUUAAAAAUCUUUUAUGCAAGUUGUUUCUUAAAUGUAAUGGAUUCAUAAAUGCCUAAGAUAAAUGACUGCACUAAUAAUA